AUGAUCAUGUCUAAAACGGCUCAGAAACGGCUAUUGAAAGAGUAUCAACAAUUGAUCAGGGAAUCGCCUCCAGGGAUUGUCGCUGGUCCAUCUGAUGAGAACAAUAUGUUUGAAUGGGAUUGUUUGAUCAGCGGGCCGCCAGAGACGCCAUACGAGAAUGGGGUCUUCAAUGCUACGUUGUUGUUUCCAAAGGAUUAUCCAUUAUCGCCUCCAAAAUUGACGUUCACUCCAAGUCUACUGCAUCCUAAUAUUUAUCCCAAUGGUGAAGUAUGCAUAUCUAUCCUACAUUCGCCUGGUGAUGACCCAAACAUGUACGAGCUGGCAGAAGAGAGAUGGUCUCCAGUCCAGAGCGUGGAGAAGAUUUUACUAAGUGUUAUGAGUAUGCUGAGCGAACCUAACAUCGAGAGUGGUGCUAAUAUUGAUGCAUCCAUUCUAUAUAGGGACAACAGACCAGAGUUUGAGAGACAAGUCAAACUCUCGAUCUUGAAAUCACUGGGCUUCUGA